ACCUACCACCAUACUGAACGACGCGAACUUAACCCAUCUUCCGAAUUUUUUAUUGCCAUGGGCUACCUCGUGGAACACUGAAAUUUUCUUUCUGUUCUACGCCAAACUUCCUUCUUACGUUGACCGUCAAUUAAUUCAUUCCUGGCCAACUAGUUUGGUCAUUGAGAUACCCCGUGAUAUUCAACUUCGAUUCAUUUUCAUUUUCUCCUUUGAUCUUUUUUCUACCUUAUCGUCUACUCGGACGUCGACAUAGCAUCGACGCGUACAACAAAUACCUUCUAUCUAAGUCUACCUUUGCGACCUGUAUUUCACGAUGAAGAUGUUCUUCGCCGCCAUCGCCUUCGUUCCCCUUCUCAUGGGUCAAGGUAGUGCCCAGAUCUUGCCAUGCGCAGCUGGCUGUGUCAGCGGUGUCUUCUCCAAUGCCGCCGGCAUGGGAUGUGCCAUGAACGACAUCCUCUGUGUCUGUGGCAAGUCUACUGAUUUCACGGACGGCAUUCGCGACUGCGUCAACCAGGCCUGCCCUGCUGCGGACGUAGCAGCCCAGCUUCCUCUCGCUCAGAGUGCCGGUACCGAUCAGUGUAAGACUGCAUCAGCUGCUGCGGCAACUUCUACCGCUACCCCAGCACAGUCCCAGGUCACUCCUCCUACCCAGCAAGCCGCUGCUUCUUCACCUUCAAGUACGGGUACAGAGGCAUCAGCUGAGACUGCUACUCCUGGAACCACUGCGACUUCUGUCUCAACUACUCCUAUCUCAACCCCUACAGCACAAACUACCGAAGCGGCCGUUAGUGUCGCAUCUACGGACUCAAGUGCCACCAGCGCGACCUCAGCUGCUGAUCAAUCCUCGCCUGAUUCUGCCGCGUCAACCAUGUCAAGCACUACGGAUUCAGGUGCCGCAAGCGGCGCUACUGCUGCGGCAGACAAUUCUGGUAACGGAUCAUCGUCUACCUCGAGCGAUCUGUCUGUCGCCGCUCGAGCCGGAAUUGGUGCCGGUUCUGGUGUCGCAGCCGUCCUGCUCGGCAUCAUUGCCUACUGCCUGAUUACGCGCCGCCGAAAGCAGAAGAAGGCUGCUAAAAAGUCCAUGCAAAUCUCUCAGCCUCUCCCCGGCUCUGGACGACUCUAUGCAGGUAACAUGCGCCAGGGAGACGCGUCCUUGUCCAAGACAUUUACUCCAUCGCCUCUGUCAUCCAAGAAGUCGAACCAACCCGCUCAACGCGCGCCUUCGCCCGCGACGCCCCCGUACUCGCCUUCGGUUGCCUCUUCGUACGAUCCCGAGCUCGACUUGAACGCGCGCCGAUACGAGGACCUAACGCCUCGAACUCAACCCCGAACAAUGAUCUAACCGGCCCUCAUGCGUCUAGUCUCGUUAAUUGACUACCUACGCGUCGGAAUAUUUCCACUUGGGGAUUUUGUUGCAGGUGCGGACGCGUUCUCCUAGGGAUUCGAAGUCGGAAUCCAACUUAACCCUACUAUGGUGUUAUUUUUGGAGGCCUACUCUAGGUUUACGCUUGCGCAAACCUUCUAAUCUGAUUAUCAUCGGGAAUGCUAGGAGGA